AGCCAACCUAAGAACCGGUGUCGCCGGUUUCAAUAAUUGCCGAUCUUUUCCUCCUCUCAAGUCUCCUCCUCCAGAGACAGAGAGAGAGAGGGAGAAGAAGAAUCUCAUCAUUCAUCAAUCUCCGGAUCUAAUCCAAUCCAAUUACGUAUCCGUCUCUUCAUACUCUGGUCAUUGGAGAUUCUGUGGUAGAAGAUGGCUAACAAAGAGGUGGAGCAUCCUCCUCGUGGGAAUGAAUGGGAAGUUGUUUCGCUUACUUCAUCAGCUUAUGCUGCUUCUCCUGGUCCUUAUAACGUUGCUGCUGCAAGGAAGUUUGAUCACGCUUACUAUGGAGCUGAAACUUCACGUGAUUUGUUCAUGUCUGACCACUUUGUUUUCCCACCUAGCCAGCAUGAGGAUUUACCAAUUGAUGACGAACCUGUUUUUGAAGAGGAAGGAAGUAAGGAUGGGGAAGACUUGAUGAUGCAAGAAAGUCAGGGAUUGUCUGAUGAACAUACUACUUCUAGACAGUACAUGGAAUCAGACCGGUUAAUUGAUUCUGAGCAGAAUGAGUAUGCAGAGGAGGACUUGGAUCUUCAUUCUGAUACUGGACUUGAGAAUGAUGGUAAAAAGGCGGCGGCAAGACAUGACCUUCCUUGCGAAGCGUGGUGGAGAAGGAGAGCUGUUUCUAUGUAUAUACGCACAAGAGAAGCAAAUGCGAUGUGGUCUUUAUUCUUUGCAGCUGCUGUCACUGGACUUGUAGUUCUUGGUCAACGCUGGCAACAAGAGAGGUGGCAAGUUUUGCAACUCAAGUGGCACUCAAGCAUCAGUAGCGAGAAGCUGAGCAGGGUACUUGAACCUCUCUCUCGUUUGAAAGGUGUGAUUGUGAGAAGUAACCCACAAGCUUCUCUCGUAAGGAGUGGAACCUCCAGUGAGAUCUAGAGACGAAGACAGCAUUGUAUCAUUCGUUGCUCACACAGCACAGGUCUUGAGUUACGUAUGUGUGCCUCAACGUUAAACGCUUUUGGUCUUUCUUCAGCCUAUGUUGCUUCUUCAUUAUCUUGUACCUUUAGAACGGAUAUACAGUUGCCUUCUCUCUUUCAGUGCCAAAAGCUUCUUUCUUCUUCUUUUUUGUUCAUGUUAGCUUCUUUCUUGUCUUAGUGUGGAAAUAUACACAUAAACACUUGUUUUUUUUUUCUCUUUUUAAAUAACGAAUUUUUAUUUUACUAUCAUUGGAUGAUUCCUAAAAGAGAAUACGUUCUGAUUUGUAAAAAGUGAAGGAAAAAAAACAUGUCAAAUGUAGAAUCAUAAAACAUA